AUGGCUUCCAUCGACACCGACUCCGCCGCUGGCCUUGAAGACGCCGUCUUCGACUUCGUCAUCGUCGGCGGAGGCACCUCCGGCCUCGUCGUCGCCAAUCGACUUACCGAAAUCCCCCAUGUGUGCGUCCUCGUGCUGGAGGCUGGGACGAACCGCCUCGACGAUUCUCGAGUGACGGUGCCCGGUCUCGCGGCCGCCACGUACGGAGACCCUGAUUUUGACUGGGACUUUAGAUCCGUUCCCCAGGCAUGUUUUGCACUUUACUCAGGUCGGACGCUGGGAGGGUCGUCAGCCAUCAACCUGGGGAUGGUCGUCUACCCCUCCAAAGUGGGCAUAAAUGCCUGGAAACAGCUGGGCAAUCCCGGAUGGGGAUGGGACGAUCUGGCGCCUUAUAUUCGCAAGUUUCACACAGCGACCGCGCCAUCCGAGAAGGUUCGUUGCUUCUUCAAGGACAUGAAGUACGACCAGCGAGAUCAAGGCAGCGACGGUCCCGUGCAGGUGUCCUUCGGUGACGAGUACAUGCCGUACCACGCCGCGUGGCUCGAGACGUUCAAGAACCUUGGCUUCUCCCACACAGAAGACCCGAUCAACGGUGCUGGGACGGGGCCCUUCGUCAGCCCUGGCUCCGUUGACCCGGUCACUCACACACGAAGCCAUGCCGGUGCCGCAUAUUUCGGGGAAUCGGUGCAUAAGCGUCCCAAUCUGCGCGUUGUGACGGGUGCGUUUGUGGAGAAGCUCCUCCUGGAGAAGACAGGCGAUUCUGUCGUUGCAACGGCCGUUCAGGCGUCCAAAGACGGCAAGACAUACAAGAUCGCAGUCACCAGAGAGGUCAUCCUCGCAGCCGGAGCUACCCAGACUCCCCAGCUCUUGGAGCUCUCGGGCAUCGGGGACGCCGACCUCCUGCUCGCCCACAGCAUUGACGUGCUCGUCGACAACAAAGGCGUCGGAGAAAACCUCCAGGACCACGGGAUCAUCGCCUUUGGAUACGAGGUCGCGGACAGAAUGCCCUCAGGCGACAUGGCUCGCAACCCUGAAGUCGCAGCCGCAGCCAUGGCAGCAUAUCAAAAAGAUGGCUCCGGGCCUCUAGGAAUGGUGCCUCUCGUAUCGGCAUUCCUGCCCUGUCCGGACUUCCCACCGGAGCAGCGAGCGCAGUUACUGCAGCAGAUCGAAGGCACGGGGAAAACGGCAGCCCAGAAGAAACAGUACAAGGUCCUGCGACAGCUUCUACAAGAUCCUGCGGAGCCCAGCGCGCAGUACAUCUUUGCCCCGUUCCAGCUACACCCGAGGGAAGGGCCCAGCGCGAAGGGGAUAUUUGGGCUGGGACACCCGGGCUACUUCGUCAGCGUGGUCUGUCUCCUCAGCCAUCCAUUCUCGCGAGGGUCAGUGCAUCUGCAGUCAGCAGAUCCAAGUGAGCCCCCGGCCAUUGACCACGGCAUCCUGCGCCAUCCAGUCGAUCUGGAGCUGACGGCGCGCCACAGCCUGUGGAUGGAGAAGAUCGCCGAGACAGAGCCGAUGGCGUCGCUGCUCAAGAAGGGUGGCCAGCGUCUGCACACGCCGGAGCGGCUGAGGCUGACCGAUCUGGGAAAGACGAAGGAGCUCUGCAAGGAGCUUGUGCUGUCGAUGUACCAUUUCAGCGGGUCGUGUGCGAUGAUGCCCCGUGAGGACGGAGGCGUAGUCGACCCUCGUCUGAAGGUCUAUGGGACGGCGAAUGUCAGGGUCGUGGACGCCAGUGUCUUCCCUCUGGAGCCGAGAGGCAAUAUCCAGGCGACUGUGUAUGCGGUGGCAGAGAAGGCGGCUGAUAUUAUAAAGGAGGACUUGACUAUUAAAAAUGAUGAAUAG